AUGGCGGAACAACCUCGCAUUCUGCGGCCACGUCCACGCCGUGCCUUUGAGGUCACACCUGCGUCCAACGAGUCCUCCGCACCUCCUACGCCGAGCGAACCCUCCAACGCCGAUUUCCUAAACGCCCCGGGCGCGGACACGGCUCCCAAUUCGACCAGUGUCAGUCGCACGGGAUCAAUCUUGAACCUGACCUCCUCAACCCUCUACGGCAUCUACUCCCCGACCGCGUUCGACAGUCUUCGUGAUGAGUCCAGCCCCUGGGGCACGGAGGCCCACACCCCUGCGGCACAACAUCCCCCGGAGCCAUUGCAGCGAGCGGCUGUCAAGUCGGCCAUUGAACCUCGUCGAUUUGCUUUGCGCCGGACGCGCUCGCGACUCAGUCAUGGCAUGUUCCGGGGUGUCGUCUUGCCUCAAGUGUUGAGCAGUGCUCUCCUGUUUGGCUUUGGAAUUGUCUACGGUGUGAUCACUGUGCAUUUGCACGAUAACCACUGGAUUACUCCCGUCAAGCUGGAGAACAUCCACUACUACGACUCAUGGCAAUACUUGGGCUUCUGGGGAAUGGCGGGCAUUGCCCUAGGAAACAUUCUGCCCUUGUUGGAUAGCUGGCGCGACAGCGAGUUGGCGGAGGAUGAUUCCAAGGAGGACGACGAUGCGAACCGCACCCCAUCAUGGGUCACCGUCGCUCGUAGUGUCGGUGCAUUUGUCGGCAUUGCUUUUGCUAUGCGACGACUCCCCUGGCAAUCUACUACCCAAGCCUCGCUGACCCUUGCCCUCGCCAACCCCGUGCUCUGGUACCUGAUCGAUCGCACCUCGACCGGCUUCCUCCUGUCCACCGCAGUUGGCUUGACCGGAAUGAGUGUGGUUCUGGGCUUGAAGCCAGAGCUGAUCCCCGCGUCCAACGGCCCGACCUUUGGCACUACAUUGCUGAACGGAACUGGGUGGGAGCAUGCGUUGGGGGCAGAGAUUUCACAGGAGAGCAUCGCGGUCCGCACUUGGGUCGCCAGUGUCAUUUUCUGCGCCUGCGUGUGCUUUGGCAACAUUGGCCGUCAGCUCGCCAUUGGCGCUCGCAGCAGAGAUACCGUCAAGUCAUGA